GGAGUACGACACUGGUUCCUAUUACUGUUCGUCGCGUUCCGUAAUUGGCCUCCUCUUUCGAACCCCAAUAUACUCGAAGAUAAUCCAUGGGGACACACGCCACUUAUCUGUUGGAUAUCGGAUGCUCUACGUCCCCGGAGUGUGGCGUCGUACCAAAGUUACUGUGUCGAUUAACAGCAUAAUACAGCUACGGUGCGUGAUGUGGUCCACUGAUCCUACCAAACGGAAGGUGAACUCGCUUAGGUUAAUACCACAUCAACUGUCCAAUUCCAAUAGCCCGAUGACAGCGGAUCUAUCCGCACAAAGGAGUAUCAUCUUGCGUGUAAUUGAUCAUCACUAUCCAGCAAAAGAGCAAAAAGAUUUGAAAAAUAUUGGAUGUGAAAUGUCAGGGGGAGAGAGUUCGGUAAAAGUGCUAACCGAAGCACCAACUAUAGCCUGCAGUACGCAGGGUACUUUACGUGUGAUAAAGGCUAUACCGGAAGAAGAUCAUUGGGCUCCCACUACGCAAUGUACGGUUAACCAUAGUUGUUUAGAUGCAAAAUUCCGAUGGCAGUGGUUAGCCGGACCAAUACCUCAGCUCACAGUGGACUCGAACUACAUCGAUCCCGAUUCUGUCAGCAAUGGUAGCUUAUUGUACAUGUGGAAACUACCUCGAAGCGGUGUUUACUUGUUUAGAUGUACUAUGAGGUGUAUCUGUGUAAACCAAACAACUCAAAGUGGAAUAGACGUACUACUUGAAGUAUUGCCUGGAGAGUCCGAAGCGGCCUUGGUCAAGGAAUCUAGAAUUCAUGAUCUUGAGAAAUACCCCGAGGAAAUUAACAAAUUUUAUCCAAGAGAACGAACUCUGGAGGAUUUUAUGGAGGCAAUUAUGCAGACGGUCUCUGAAGACAAGGCAGAUCGCUUUGAAGAUGAUAUGAGUAACUGCACGAGCGCUGCACCACUUGAUGCUGAUUCCACCGAUGACUUAUCGACUACUUGCCCAGAAUGGUCACACUGGAGUGUAACAAAACACAUAGCAUCUAGUCUAUCUUUGGAUUAUCAUGACUAUGCCGUCCGAAAAACCCCUGAAAAUCCUCACUUUUUUGUUUUGCCGUCUAGGUGGUUUAGGCGUAUACAUUGGGCCUCCGCGCAGAGAUCACCCAAAGGCUUUUGGGCAAGUGAAACGGAAGAAAACACAGUUUCGGACAACUUUGGCGGCCGGCAGAAUUAUGCGGCUGUCCAAUACUAUCGAUGGAAAUUCUGUCCUCAAGAACAACAAUGCCCAUCUAGCUUUCCGUUAAGAAACGAUUGGUAUUGCACGCUUCUCAGGAAAAAUGUAGUAAAAAAUAACAAACUCGCAAAAAGAAACCGAGCCAGAGACACAGAGCAACAUGAAGGUAAUUUGUUAUUUGCGGUGGGAGUUAUGAGCAAUCGUCUUCGAUGUCAUGCCUUUACUGACAUCAACCAAAAUUCAUAUGAUCGCUGGUUGAGUUACAUUAAUGUUCUCUCUUUGUUGCCGCAUAGUACACGCAGAAAGCGCACAGUCCUUGGCGUCCGUGCUCUUGAUGAUAAUAACGCGUUCAUGGAUCCAUCAAAGAGACCCAAAUACUCUCCUCAACCAGGCCUUAAUUCCGCAUAUUUAGCUCGGAAGAACAAAUAUGCGGACGCUACUCGUGAGUUGGGGA